CAAACUCAAACUCAUCUCUUCAUUUCUCACAAAUUCAACAAACAUAAAAGUGAUCAAACCAAAACUCUCAUUCCUAGAUUACUGCAAUUAAUUAAGAUGUUGAGGAUCCUCCCUCUCCUCCUCUUCUUCUCACUCUACAUAUCCUCUUCCCACGCCCAAUCAUGCGCCACCUACAACUUCGCCGGCAACCGGAUAUUCAGCCACUGCGCCGACCUCCCGAACCUCAACUCCUUCCUCCACUGGAACUACGACGACUCCGCCAAGACCGUCCAAAUCGGGUACCGCCACACGGGGGUGGCGGCCACGAGAUGGGUGGCGUGGGCGAUCAACCCCACCGGGAGAGGGAUGGUCGGUGCGCAGGCGCUCGUGGCGUUCCGGAAAUCGGACGGCACCAUGAGGGCCUACACGUCGCCGGUGAGCAGCUACCAGACUCAGCUGGCCGAGGGGGAUUUGAGCUUCCCGGUUUCCGACCUGUCGGCGACUUAUGCCGGGAAUGAGUACACCAUCUUUGCCACGCUCAAGCUCGAUAACGUGACAUCCACGGUGAAUCAGGUGUGGCAGGAAGGCCCCCUCUCCGGGGAUUCUCCAGCGAGGCAUCCCACCACCGGCGCCAAUGUUCAGUCCACUGGGAAUUUGAAUCUUUUAUCUGGACAGACGGGAGGGACGACGACCGGAUCAGUCGACUCGAGGACUAAAAAGAAGAAUAUUCACGGAGUGCUGAAUUCAGUGAGUUGGGGAAUACUACUGCCAAUCGGGGCUAUCACAGCAAGGUACCUGAAAGUAUUCCCGGCAGCUGAUCCAGCGUGGUUUUACCUACACGCACUUUUCCAGAGCUCGGCCUACAUCAUCGGAGUCGCAGGCUGGGCCACCGGCCUCCAGCUCGGUAGCCAGUCUGCCGGAAUCACAUACACGGCCCACAGGAUCAUCGGCAUUGUCAUCUUCUGCCUCGCGACCCUUCAAGUGUCUGCUCUGUUUCUGAGGCCCAAGAAGGAGCACAAAUGGAGACUCUAUUGGAACAUCUACCACCACUUCAGUGGAUACUCUGUUAUAGUCCUCAGCAUCGUCAACAUUUUCAAGGGCUUCGACAUCCUACACCCCGAUCAGAAAUGGAGGAGAUCCUACGUUGGGAUCCUGAUCGGUCUGGCUGCUCUCGCUGCCAUUCUAGAGGUCUACACAUGGUAUGUCGUCUUAAAGAGGAAGAAGUCGAGCCGCCCAGACAAGAUGUCCAAUGGAAACAAUGGCUAUAAUGGAUAUGGUGCAGGUGAUCAAGAUAGAGUAUGAAGGAUAGGUUAAUGUUUGCUCUGUUUUGCUCUUGUUGGUUUUUGGUAGCCAACUUUUGAUGUUUCCAUGAUUUUCUACUGUCUUUAGUUUUUUAUUUAGAUUUCUGUUGGAUAGUUAUAUAUGUUCAUUAUUUAUUUGGUCAUUUGGUGCUAAUACAUGAUUUUAUUCUCUUC